AUGGGCAACGAACCGGUUGUCCCCACCGACAAUGAUCUCAGAAACUUCAGCCCCGGCAACCCUGGAGUUCUCGAACUUAUCCACUAUGCGCAGGAGAGCGAUGCUGCCGAUCGCCGUCUAACGAUACGGCAAGCGUUUUUGAAAUACAAAAAGGCGGUUUUCUGGGCCAUGUUCUUGUCCACCAGCUUGAUCAUGGAGGGAUAUGAUCUGGUUAUCAUCACCUCCUUCUACGGCCAAUCCCAGUUCAUCGAGCGAUUCGGCGUCUUUUCAGCCAAAACGGGAACCAAAGUGAUUCCAGCAGCAUGGCAAUCGGGUCUGUCCAACUCCUCCAUAGUCGGCCAACUCGCCGGUCUCCUCGUCAAUGCCUACAGCCAGGACCGCUUCGGCUGUCGCCCCACGAUGAUGUUCUUUAUGCUCUGGAUGGCGGUGAUGAUCUUUAUCCCGGUCUUUGCACCCUCCCUGCCCGUUCUGGCCUGGGGAGAGGCCAUGUGUGGCAUCUCUUGGGGAGUCUUCCAGACUCUUUCGACGGCCUACGCGUCCGAGGUCGUCCCCACCGUUCUCCGACCGUAUGUCACGGCAUAUGUGUGCAUGUGCUGGGGCGCAGGAAUUCUCCUCUCGUCUGGCGUCGUCCGAGCCGUAGCCGGUAUCGAAGGUGAUCUGGGCUGGCGACUACCCUUUCUUCUGCAAUGGGUCUGGCCGCUUCCUCUAUGUGUCGGCGCAUACUUUGCCCCCGAGUCCCCCUGGAAUGCCGUCCGACGAGGUAAGGUUGACCAAGCGAGAAAGAGCCUGCUGCGCCUGCGACAGGAUACACCGGAUAGGGAGCGGGAAGUCGACGCCACUCUGGCAUAUAUCAGGCACACAACGCAACUGGAACAGUCGGAAACGGCUAAUGCCAACUUCCUCGAAUGUUUCAAGGGGACUAAUCUGCGGCGGACGGAAAUUAACUGCGUCGUCUGGGCUGCUCAGAUCCUCUGCGGUAAUGCCAUCCUCGGUUACUCCGUCGUUUUCCUCGAAGCCGCUGGGUUCAACGAACUGCAGGCGUUCGAUCUGAACAUCUCCCUGUCCGCCUGCUACAUCAUCGGUGGCAUUAUCUGCUGGCUUCUUUUCCCUCAUCUCGGCCGCGCAACCAUCUACAUGAGCGGCAUGGCCUUCAUGUUCGUGUGCCUGGUCACCAUUGGCGGACUGGGCUGGUCCAACGGCAAAGAUGCGCAGCUGGCAAUCGGGAUCUUGCUCGUCAUCUCAACCCUGUGCAAUAUGAUCACGGUCGGACCGGCCUGCUACCCGAUCGUGGCAGAAACACCGUCCGGCCGGCUGCGCUACAAGACGAUUGUGAUCGGGCGGUUUGUGUAUAAUCUCACGGGGAUAUUCAACAAUUCGCUGACACCUCGCAUGAUCGCUGCGUCGUCAUGGAACUGGGGCGCUAAGACCGCCCUCUUCUACGCCGCGACGAAUCUGCUGUGCAACAUCUGGUGCUGGUUUCGUCUCCCGGAGACCAAAGACCGUACGUUUGGAGAGAUCGAUUUGCUCUUCCACCAUCGCGUGCCGGCGAGGAAGUUCAAGUAUACAAAAGUUGAUCAAUUUGCCAAUCAGCGAGAGUUUGUCAUCAAGAGCGAGGAUGGAGACGUCCCGACUUCUGAGCAUAUUGCCUGA